AUGGUGAUCAGGCACUGGGCAGCAGGAGACACAAAGGCAGAACUUGGCAGGCCUCAGAACUUGGCAGGCCUCAGAACUCCCAACAGGCGACGGCCAGAAAAUGGCAAAAUCGGGAGGAGAGGUGGCGGCGGAGGAGGAGGCGGUGGUGGCGGCGGCGGCGGAGGAGGCGGCGGCAGCGGGGGUCUAACCUGGGUGACACUAUUUGAUAAUCAGAACAAUGCUUCAAAAAAAGAAGAACCUGAACAUUUUAACAAAAACGAUUCAAAGAAGAUGUCUGUUGAGAGAGUUUAUCAGAAAAAGACUCAACUUGAGCAUAUACUUCUCCGUCCUGAUACAUAUAUUGGUUCAGUGGAACCUGUAACUCAGCUGAUGUGGGUGUUUGAUGAAGAUAUAGGGAUGAACUGUAGAGAAGUUACCUUUGUUCCUGGCUUAUACAAGAUCUUUGAUGAAAUUCUUGUAAACGCAGCUGACAAUAAACAGAGGGAUAAGAAUAUGACAUGUAUUAAAAUAUCAAUUGAUCCUGAAUCAAAUAUUAUAAGUAUCUGGAAUAAUGGGAAAGGCAUUCCAGUUGUGGAACAUAAGGUAGAAAAGAUGUAUGUUCCUGCUUUAAUCUUUGGACAGCUGUUAACCUCCAGCAAUUAUGACGAUGAUGAGAAGAAAGUUACAGGUGGCCGUAAUGGCUAUGGUGCAAAACUUUGUAAUAUAUUCAGUACAAAGUUUACAGUUGAAACGGCUUGCAAGGAAUACAAGCAUAGUUUUAAACAGACUUGGAUGAACAAUAUGAUAAAGACAUCUGAUGCCAAGAUUAAGCAUUUUGAAGGAGAUGAUUACACAUGUGUGACAUUCCAACCAGAUCUUGCUAAAUUUAAGAUGGACAAACUUGACAAAGAUAUUGUGGCCCUCAUGACAAGAAGAGCCUAUGAUUUGGCAGGAGCAUGCAAAGGGGUCAAAGUUUUGUUUAAUGGAAAGAAGCUACCUGUGAAUGGCUUCCGUAGUUAUGUUGAUCUCUAUGUCAAAGAUAAGCUGGAUGAAACUGGAGUUGCCCUGAAAGUUAUCCAUGAACUUGCAAAUGAACGGUGGGAUGUAUGUCUUACUUUAAGUGAAAAAGGAUUUCAGCAAAUCAGCUUUGUGAACAGUAUUGCUACCACAAAGGGUGGUAGGCACGUUGAUUAUGUUGUGGAUCAAAUUGUUGGAAAAUUGAUAGAAGUGGUGAAGAAGAAGAACAAAGCUGGUGUUUCAGUGAAACCAUUCCAGGUAAAGAAUCACAUAUGGGUUUUUAUUAAUUGUCUCAUUGAAAACCCAACUUUCGAUUCUCAAACAAAAGAAAACAUGACACUUCAGCCUAAAAGCUUUGGGUCCAAAUGCCAGCUAUCAGAGAAGUUUUUCAAAGCCGCCUCUAACUGUGGUAUUGUAGAGAGUAUCUUGAAUUGGGUGAAAUUCAAGGCACAGACUCAGUUGAACAAAAAAUGUUCAUCAGUGAAACACAGCAAAAUCAAGGGAAUUCCCAAACUUGAUGAUGCGAAUGAUGCUGGUGGAAAACAUUCCUUGGAUUGUACCUUGAUUUUAACUGAGGGAGACUCAGCCAAAUCUUUAGCUGUCUCUGGCUUAGGUGUCAUUGGAAGAGACAGAUACGGGGUUUUCCCACUCAGGGGUAAAAUUCUUAAUGUUCGGGAAGCAUCUCACAAACAGAUCAUGGAAAAUGCAGAAAUUAACAACAUCAUAAAAAUAGUAGGUUUGCAAUACAAGAAAAGUUAUGAAGAUCCAGAGUCUUUGAAAACACUGAGAUAUGGAAAGCUUAUGAUCAUGACAGAUCAGGAUCAGGAUGGAUCCCAUAUUAAAGGCUUGCUGAUCAAUUUUAUUCAUCACAAUUGGCCAUCCCUUUUGAAACAUGGUUUCCUUGAGGAAUUCAUUACUCCUAUUGUAAAGGCGAGCAAAAAUAAGCAGGAACUUUCCUUCUAUAGCAUUCCUGAAUUUGAUGAAUGGAAAAAGCAUAUGGAGAAUUACAGAGCAUGGAAGAUAAAAUACUACAAAGGUUUGGGUACCAGUACUGCUAAAGAAGCAAAAGAGUAUUUUUCAGAUAUGGAGAGACAUCGAAUAUUAUUUCGUUAUGCUGGUCCUGAAGAUGAUGCUGCCAUUACCUUGGCCUUCAGUAAGAAAAAAAUUGAUGAUAGAAAAGAGUGGUUGACAAAUUUCAUGGAAGACAGAAGACAGCGUCGGUUGCAUGGAUUACCAGAGCAAUUUCUGUAUGGUACAGCAACAAAGCAUCUAACUUACAACGAUUUCAUCAACAAGGAGUUGAUUCUUUUCUCAAACUCGGAUAAUGAGCGAUCCAUUCCAUCUCUUGUUGAUGGUUUUAAACCUGGGCAACGCAAGGUUUUGUUUACUUGCUUUAAGAGAAAUGAUAAACGUGAAGUUAAAGUUGCUCAGCUGGCUGGUUCUGUGGCUGAGAUGUCAGCCUACCACCAUGGGGAGCAAGCUUUAAUGAUGACCAUUGUCAACUUGGCUCAGAACUUCGUUGGAAGUAACAAUGUCAGUUUGCUACAGCCUAUUGGUCAGUUUGGUACUAGGCUUCAUGGUGGCAAGGAUGCUGCAAGUCCUCGUUAUAUUUUCACAAUGCUGAGCACUUUGGCAAGACGGCUUUUUCCAGCAGUGGAUGAUAAUCUGCUUAAGUUCCUUUUUGAUGAUAACCAACGUGUGGAGCCAGAAUGGUACAUUCCCAUAAUUCCCAUGGUCUUAGUAAAUGGUGCUGAGGGCAUUGGUACAGGAUGGGCAUGUAAAAUUCCAAACUAUGACACCAGGGAGAUUGUGAACAAUGUCAGACGAAUGUUGGACGGAUUGGAUCCUCAUCCCAUGCUUCCAAACUACAAAAACUUUAAAGGAGCUAUCCAGGAACUUGGCCAAAACCAAUAUGUAGUGAGUGGAGAAAUAUUUGUGCUUGAUAGGAACACAGUGGAAAUUACAGAGCUUCCAGUUAGGACAUGGACCCAGGUUUACAAAGAACAGGUGUUAGAACCGAUGCUGAACGGGACCGAAAAAACACCAGCAUUAAUUUCAGAUUACAAAGAAUAUCAUACUGAUACUACUGUGAAAUUUGUUGUGAAAAUGACAGAAGAAAAGCUUGCUCAGGCAGAGGCUGCUGGACUUCACAAAGUCUUUAAGCUUCAAACAAGUCUAACUUGUAAUUCUAUGGUGCUAUUUGAUCAUAUGGGAUGUCUGAAGAAGUAUGAAACAGUGCAAGACAUUCUGAAGGAAUUCUUCGACUUACGAUUAAAUUAUUAUGGCUUGCGCAAGGAAUGGCUUGUAGGAAUGUUGGGGGCAGAAUCUACUAAGUUGAACAAUCAAGCUCGUUUUAUUUUAGAGAAAAUACAGGGGAAAAUUUCCAUAGAGAAUAAAUCAAAGAGAGAUUUGAUUCAGUUGUUAGUCCAGAGGGGCUAUGAAUCUGAUCCCGUGAAGGCCUGGAAGGAAGCACAAGAAAAGUCUUCAGAACAGGAAGAAAUGCAGAAUAUAAAUGAUGACAGUUCCUCCUCUUCAGGAUCUACCUCAGGCCCAGAUUUCAACUAUAUUUUAAACAUGUCUCUGUGGUGUCUCACUAAGGAGAAAGUAGAAGAGAUAAUCAAACAGCGAGACGCAAAAGGAAGGGAACUCAAUGACCUCAAGAGGAAGUCACCUUCAGACCUUUGGAAAGAGGACCUAGCAGCUUUUGUAGAAGAGCUUGAUAAAGUAGAAGCCCAGGAAAGAGAAGAUGUCCUGGCUGGGAUGGCUGGUAAACCCGUAAAAGGCAAAGUGGGUAAACCGAAGAUUAAGAAACUUCACUUAGAAGAGACCAUGCCCUCUCCUUUUGGUAGGAGAAUAGUCCCACAGAUUACAUCUGCUAUGAAGGCUGAUGCCAGUAAGAAACUGCUCAAAAAAAAGAAGGGUGAUCUUGAUAAUUCAGCAAUAAAACUGGAAUUCGAUGAAGAAUUGAGUGGCACACCAGUAGAAGGUGCUGGUGAAGAUUUGCUUAAUACCUCUGCCCCGGUGACUAAAAUACCCAAGCCCAAAAGAGAGAAAAAAGAGCCUGGUACUAGAGUGAGAAGAGUGCCAUCUUCUGGGAAGUCUAGUGCAAAAAAAGUGAAGAAACGAAACCCAUGGUCAGAUGAUGAAUCUAAGUCUGAAAGUGACUUAGAGGAAAAUGAGCCUGUGAUCAUUCCAAGAGAUUCUUUACUUAGAAGAGCUGCAGGAGGAAACUCAGAAAAACUCGCGCCACGCAGAACACCGCGAGAGAACAACAUGGCCGCCGCAACUCUACAGUCGGACUCACAAACUUCACAAACCUCGGAGCUGCUUACAACAGCUGAUUUCCACGCUACUUUAACUUCUUUUAAGACAGAAAUUAUGGGGCUAUUCCAGGAACUAAUUAAACCGGUCACUGACCAACUGGAAGCCGCGAAAUCGGCAAUACAGGAACUUUCUACUGCGACAGAGACGGCACUCGAGGUCGGACAGGCGAACCAGGAGAGCAUUCAAAGCUUGGAAGCGCACGAGAAAUGGGCGAAGGAUAAAAUCUUAACGCUCGAAAAUCGGGUUCGAGAGCGAAACCUUAAACUUAGAGGUCUAGAGGAAAAACAGGAAGGUAACACUGAGCUGGCGAUUUUUCUCUCAACGUGGCUUGCAUCUAUCAUGCAGCUGGAGGAGGGGAUUGCUCCCCUCAUUAUAAAAGCCUAUAGGCUAGGUUCAUCGUUCGUUCCCAAGACAAGACUACCAAGGGACAUAAUAAUAGAAUUUGCUGAUACUCGUACAAAAAGAAAGAUUUUAGAAGUCUCACGUACAUCAGGUGGUCUCAAAUUUAAAGACACAGUGAUUCAAGUUUUCCCGGACCUUUCCCCUGAGACUCUACAGGCGCGAAGAAAGCUGAAACCGAUUGUAGCUCAGCUAAUGGAAGCAGGAGUGAGAUACAAAUGGAUGCCUACAGGUUCAUUGCAGAUACGACAUCACAACAAGACAUGGACUGUCGACAAUCUGGAAAGUGGAGGAGAAGUCCUCAAAUCUCUUAGAUUGCAGGUCCCGAUGGAAUGCGAGAAGACGACGAACAAGAGAAAGCUGGAAUUCCCAUCACCUGUUAAAGGAAGCAAGAUUCCUUUCUUGACUGGAGACUUGAAGGUUUCCCAAGAAAAGACUAAUCAAGACUUUGAAGGCUUGUUCACCUUUCCUUCUUACUCUCGGAAAGCCAAUAUUGAUACAUCAAAAUUUGACAGCGAGGAGGAGGAUUCAGCACCAGUCUUCUCAUCCUCUUUUACUGAGAAACCAGCGGAGACGCCUUCAAGUAAAAUGGUGGUCACUAAAAAAGCAGCAAAAGCACCACCAGAUGCACCUCCUAAGCCCAAAAAAACUCCAAAGCCCAAGAAGGUGGAAAUAAUAAAUUCUGAUUCAGAAUCUGAAUUUGGCAUUCCAAAGAAGGUUGCAGCUCCUAAAGGAAAGGGGAGAGGAGCAAAGAAAAGGAAAGCAUCUGGUUCUGAAAACGAAGGUGACUAUAACCCUGGGAAGAAAACACCCAAGUCUACUCCAAGCAAGAAACCGAAGAAGCUCUCCUUCGACCAGGACUCGGAUGCAGACAUCUUCCCUUCAGACUUUGCCUCUGAAACAGCCUCCCGGCCCCGGACAGGUCGGGCUAGAAAAGAAGUGAAAUAUUUUGCAGAGUCUGAGGAUGAUGAUGAGUUUUCUAUGUUUUGAUUAAGUGCCCAAAGAGCACACAAACUUCCAACAAAUAUCUUAUGUUGUCCUUUUGUCCCUUUCUGUCGCAGACUUUUUGUACAUUUGACUUAUUUUAUGUGAUGAUUGUAAUUGAUGGUUUUUAUUAUCGUGUGUAAGCAUUUUAACAUUUGGUUCUUACACCUACAGUUUUAUGCUCUUUUUUACUCAUUGAAGCGUCCUGUAUUUGUCUGACCGGCUUGUAGAAAUGUUCUAGAAAGCUGUGCAAAAGCACACAUUUUAACUGUCCUGGUUGCAAAUGGCAAACCUGCUUUUUGAAAUGAAGUUUAAACAUUAAAAAUA